AAUACCUAUCCUUCGAAACCCGCGAAGAAGGAGGUGGAAGACAGAGCGUGUGUGUACCCCUUUGGUUUUUGUCUCUUGAGUAAUGAGUUGGAACGGCUAUUUUCCCAGCGCCACCUAAUCCCUGGAACCCUUCAAAAAUGGCUGCAACUCUCGCUCACAGUCACAACUCUUACCUCUACAACUCCACCUCCCCGCCACCGAGCCUUUUACGAAAACGAGCCGCUGAGCCGAAAGCAAACCAAAGCUCCGACCAGCCGAAGUUUCCUAAGUUGGUUCGUGGAAUCCGAAAACUAUCGAAGAAUCCGAGCACCUCGAUUGAACCCCUCAACAACUAUGCGCUCAAACAGGCUCUUCAAGAGCAUGUGGAAUCUGGGUCCAUAGAGGAUGCACUCCGGGUGUUUGAGAAAAUGUCCCAUUCAGAUACGUAUUACUGGAAUGUUAUGAUUAGAGGUCUCGCUGAUAAUGGGUUGUUCCGGGAGGCGAUUGGUUUUUAUCAUAGGAUGCAAAGGGAAGGUGUUCGAGCUGAUAAUUAUACCUACCCAUUUGUGAUCAAGGCAUGUGGUGGGUUGUUGUCGUUGGAUGAAGGACAAAAGGUUCAUGGGAAGUUGUUUAAGGUCGGGUUGGAUUUGGAUGUUUAUAUCGGUAACUCGCUUUGUGCUGCGUAUGCAAAACUUGGUUGCAUAGAGUAUGCAGAGAGAGUGUUUGACGAAAUGCCUGUUAAAGACUUGGUUUCUUGGAAUUCUAUGAUUGGCGGGUAUGCUGCUGUUGGGGAUGGUUGGAGGGCGAUGGUUUGUUUUCAGGAAAUGCAGGUGCUGGGUAUGAAGCCUGAUAGAUUCAGUAUGAUUGGCGGUCUUAACGCUUGUGCUAUUGAUUGCUUUCUCCAACCCGGGAAGGAAAUCCAUUGCCAGGUUCUUAAAUGUAUGCUUGAAUCGGAUGUCAUGGUUCACACCUCGCUUAUUGACAUGUACCACAAAUGUGGUAGAGUGGACUAUGCAGAGAGGUUGUUUGAUGAGAUUUGCACCAAGAAUGUUGUGGUUUGGAAUGCAAUGAUACAUGGGUAUACUCUAAAUGCUCGGCCGCUUGAGUCACUUUCUUGCUUGAAAAAAAUGCAAGAGGCAGAUAAGCUGAUUCCUGAUGCUAUCACAAUGAUCAAUUUUCUUCCCUCUUGCACACAACUAGGAGCCCUAUUGGAAGGUAAAUCAAUCCAUGGCUAUGCCAUUAGACGAGGUUUUCUCCCUCAUAUUGUAUUCGAAACUGCACUGAUUGAUUUGUAUGGUGCCUGCGGCAGGAUAAAUUUGGCAGAACGUAUGUUUGGUCAGCUAAUUGAAAAGAACUUGAUAUCGUGGAAUAGCAUGAUUUCUGCAUAUGUACAAAGUGGACAUAACAGGGAAGCCUUGGAAUUAUUUUGGGAUCUCUUGAAUGAACCGCUUGAACCGGAUGCAAUUACAUUUUCAAGCAUCAUACCUGCCUAUUGUGAAGUAGCAUCCAUUGGGGAGCGGAAGCAAAUUCAUGGUUGUAUCACAAAAUUGGAGCACAACUCAAAUACCUUAAUCUUGAAUGCAACUGUUUACAUGUAUGCAAAAUGUGGGUAUCUGGAGAUGGCGCGAGAAGUUUUUGAUAGGAUGAUAUUCAGGGAUGCCAGUUCGUGGAACACUAUAAUUAUGGCUUAUGCAAUUCAUGGGUUUGGGAGAAUAUCCAUCGAGUUUUUCUCCAAAAUGAGAGACAACGGCAUUCAGCCUAAUGAGAGCACAUUUGUUUCCUUGUUAACGGCGUGUAGUGUUUCUGGCAUGGUUGACGAGGGUUGGAAAUACUAUAACUCGAUGAAAAGAGACUAUGGUAUUGAUCCUGGAAUAGAGCACUGUGGUUGUAUGAUCGAUCUUCUUGGUCGAACAGGUAAUCUUGAUCGUGCCAAGAUUUUUAUCGAGGAAAUGUCGCUGCUGCCCACAGCCAGAAUUUGGGGGUCAUUACUGACAGCUAGUAGAAACAACAGAAACAUAGAGUUAGCUGAACUUGCUGCUGAGCAUAUUUUGUCCUCGGAACAUGAUAAUACCGGGUGUUAUAUCUUGCUUGCGAAUAUGUAUUCUGAAGCUGGGAGGUGGGAAGAUGUAGAACGGCUUAAAUCUCAUAUGAAGCAAAGAGGACUCCGGAAAACUGUCGCGUGCAGCUUUGUUGAGACCAAAUGUAGGCCUUACAGAUUCAUCAACCAAGAUACGACCCACGUUGAAACCUACAUGAUUUAUGCUGUUUUAGAUUUGAUUCUGAGGAAGAUAGGGGAAGAUAAAUAUGUUCAUAGUAUCACCAAGUUCAGACCGAUGGAUUUGAAGAGAAAGAGAGCAAAUUCCGCAGAGAGUCACAGUGUAAGAUUGGCAAUUUGUUUUGGUUUGAUCUCCACAGAAAUCAGACGCCCCGUUGUUGUUAGGAAGAACACGAGAAUCUGUGAAGAAUGCCAUAGCGCUGCAAAGAAGAUUUCAGAGAUCACCAAGAGAGAGAUAAUUGUAGGAGAUUCGAAGGUCUUUCACCACUUCAUUGACGGCAAUUGCUCUUGUCGUGAUUACUGGUGAGACUAGUUUUGUAGAAACUUGGUGUAUAUACACAAAUACAUUGCACGACUGUGUGACAAAACAUCUAGGCCUCCUUUGGUGCCUAGGAUGGAUUUGAGUAGAUAACUCACUAGAUCCCAUGUUAGUUAAAAAAA